AGUCGAGCAGCGAUGCCGUCGUGUUCGAUGGACAGUUCAGUCACGACAAGAUGGACGGCAAGGGGACUUACAAUUUCGCCGAUGGCCGCUCGUACAACGGCGAGUGGCACCGCGGCCACAUGCACGGCGAGGGCCUGAUGGAGUGGCCCGACGGCUCCACUUAUCGUGGCGGCUACAAGAAGGACCUGCGCCAGGGCGAAGGCACCCUCACGUGGCCCGACGGGAGGAAGUACCGCGGCCAGUGGUGCAACGGCAAGCAGGAGGGGAACGGAGUCAUGAUCGACAGCGACGGCAAGGAGAUGGUCGGGAAAUGGCGGAACGGCACGCAGGUG